GAGAGACAGAGAGAGACAGAGAGACCGAGAGAAAGAGAGAGAGACAGAGAGGGGAGUACACUGCUGAGGGAGCCUGUCUGCUGUCACACGUGUCUGCCCUCACCUCCUCUGUACUCUAGCUUCACAGGAGACAUACUGCACUCACCACAUCUGGACCUACAGGACGUCAAUGAGAUCUGGCCUCUCAACCUCUACACCUCUUUUCUGAUUAACCUAAUCUACAAAGAAUCUGAUCCAAAUACAAAGCCUUCCGAGGGAAACUCGAUGGCAGAGGUUGUGGAAACACUUGGAAAGAACACAAUGAUACAUGCUGUAUGAAGUGAAAGAAAAUCCUUCCUGGGGGGGGGGAAAUGGUGUGUUUGAAAGGCACUCUACGGGGCUCAUCGUAUCCACACUCAAGGUCAGUUCCUGGCUAAGGAAAGAGGAAAUCCUUGUGCUCUGUGGGAUGAGAGUUCAACUGUGGUGCAUUAGCUGAUCCUUCAUCAUCUCCCCCUCCACCUGCUCCCCCUUUCAUCAUCGACACACUAUGUGGAUGUUGUUAUCUUUAGCCGUAUGGAUUCUCAAUGUCACAAAUCUCACUCAUGGAUAUGACUAUGAUGAGUAUUACCCAGGCGAGGAGGAAACCAAGGCCCCGCUGGUUGGGGAGGGACUCAGUGAUUUAGACACAGUGUCUAAUGUGGACGAGCUGGUGGAGCUGUUGUACCCAGAGUACAGUCUGGUGCAGAAUUGCCUACGUAGGAAAACCCAGCGCACCUCCACUCCUCUCCAUGCUGAAGACGACGUCUGGGCCUGGGGCAAGCCCAGGGAGGGGGCACUGUACAAGUCUGACGACGGCACCUUUGACGUUAUUCUGGAGGAGAUCCAGCGUACCAUGUGCAGUCCUCGGGAGGUGUGUCUGGAGGUGUCUAAAGAGUACCCAGAGAGCACCCGUCACUUCUACAUGCCUCGCUGUGUGUCUGUGCACCGCUGUGGGGGCUGCUGUACCCACGAGGGUCUGUACUGCACCAACACCAGCCAUACUUACAGCAACAAGACGCUGCUGGAGAUGACUCACCGUGAACACUCUGUGGUGAUGGUGGCGUUCGUCAACCACACAUCCUGUGAGUGUCUGUCCAAGAGGCCCCAGCACUCCGUCAUCAGGAGGGCUGCUGCAGCCCACCUCACCGUGUGUUCUCCGCCAGAUGUUCCCUGCAGUACAGGACUGGUCUGGGACCCCACCAGCUGCCUGUGUGUUCCCAUGGACACAAGCUUCUUCUCCGAGAGAGAGCUGGAACCCCUGGAGUCGGCCUUGCUGGCGCUGUGUGGCCCCAACAAAAUCCUGGACGAGGACAGCUGUGAGUGUGUGUGUGAGAACGGUCUGACAGAGGCCAGCUGUGGGCUGGGCUGGCGUCUAGACCAGGUGUCCUGUGAGUGUCUCUGUGAGGACCAGCCCGCCCCGGGGACCUGCCCUCCCAACCAACGCUGGGACCCAGAGCUGUGUGGCUGUGUGUGCCGGGCAGAGUGCCCCCGUAGCCAGCCUCUCAACCCAGAGACGUGCCUGUGCCAGUGCAGGGAUAGCCCUCAGACCUGCCUGCUAGAGGGCAAGAGGUUCAACGCACACAACUGCAGCUGUUACCGGCUGCCCUGCAGAAAGCCACACAACAGCUGUCCAACAGGCUUCUACUACAGCCACUACGUCUGCCAGUGCAUACCCAACCACAUGAGGUCAGGGGAGUGGAACUGACAAAGCUGGCGUUACCAGCACCGGUGUUACCAGUACCGGUGUUACCAGCACCGGUGUUACCAGCACUGGUGCCAAACUCUAGGGUCAAUGUACUGUAACUGUAUGGUGGAAACGAGGCGGUGUGUUUGCAAUGUAGAGCCGGUAGAUGGAGGCUAGAAUAGGGGAAUGUUUAUUUAAUGAAUUCUCCUGAUAGGCUGCGAGGCUCUCCAUCGUCAGACCAGGGAACAUACAAUGAAGCACACAACGAUGCAGUCGUCUAGAUACUGCAGGUCAUGGUCUGAAUCAUGGACAUUAUUGACAUUGCCUCAGAUUCAUUAUGUGUGGCUGUUCAAAUGAGAAAAAAAAUAUUCAUUCCAUAAAAUGAAAUAAUUUUCAAUUAUCUGACAUUGAUAUUUAUUGCAAGUGACCCUGCAGCUCUCCGAGAUGACGAUGACGUAACUGGGAAGAAACGCCCUGACAUGAGAAGGAAGACAAAAGACUGAAAUAUAAAGCCCAUGCAUAUACUGUAUUGUACAAAACGUGUGACUGUAGUCAGUGGUGGCUGUGAAUGAAAAGUGUGUUUUUAAUGUCAUAUCCUAUUUGUAUUGUAUUUAAAAUACACGCUAUUGAUAAAAUAAAAUACAAACUUGAUUGGCUUUGGUAAAUGUGUACGGUGUGUGUUUGAUAAGAGUUUUGUGACAAGAAGUUUGGCAACAGACUAUGGGAACCAGACCAGACUGGCACCAUGGAGAGUGUGAUGUGAUGUCUCCAAUCACAAAACAAAGGCAUCGAAAAACACACACUCCUGCAGUGAAAAUGGAUCCAAGACCUUUGUCUCAAAUUCCUCAUACCAGCCGUAUGUGUUUGGAACAAUAAACACUAUCUCGAGGUUAAUUGCAGAGAGAUCUAAUUCCCGUCUGGCUUGUGUCUUUAGAAACUGCCAUCCACAGUUGGUACUCUAAACCAGCGCAGCCCUCUGUACAGAAACAGGACUGCAUAGCUAAACUCUGUGAUAGUUGCAGUAGUUAGUUUGGUUUAUAAGUAGGCCUACAGAGUAGAGACAGUACUUUAGACGGUUGACUUAUGGUCAAGGAUGAUAUAUGUUUUGUUAGCGGAAAGGUCACUUUUUUUGUUUUUACAAAGUUCAAUAUUGUGAAUCUCAAUUUCAAGGCUACACCACCGUCUCAA